AAUUUUAUUAACGUUUGUUUUUUAUUUAUCAUCACUUAGUGAAAUUAAUUUUUAUUUAUUAUUUUUCUUGCCAAAAAAAAAAUGAAUCAAUUACCUUUAAUUUUAUUACUUGUUGGCUUGUCAACAGUUUUGGCCAAACCAAAGGACCCAAAAGAUCGCGUCAUCCCGGAAUACCUUCAUGCCCCGUUGAAGGAUUUGCACGAUGAAUGCGUCGAAGAAAGCAAAGUCGAUCCGAAACUCUUAGAGAAAUGCUUGGAUCGUGAAGUGCCUGAUAUUCGCGAAGUUAAGUGUUACAUCGACUGUUUGUUGCGUAAAUCGAUGGUUUAUGACGACAAAGGUUCCGUGGACUUCCGUCGUGUCAGAUAUGUCGUCCCUAACGACGUUUAUUACAUUUUGGAUCACUUGCAGAAGGAAUGUGGGCACAUCAACGAACCCGAUGGCUGUGAGACAGCUUACAAGUCAGCAAAAUGCUUCUUUGAUGCCCACGAAGCCACUUUGGAGUUCUGUCACUUGCUCAUUUUCGACUACAAGUUCGAAUAAAAGUCUCAGAAACGGAUUCACAUCAAAAAAUUUCGUAUUUAUCGCAUGUUAGGGAUAAAUAAAGUAUGAAAAUAGAAAAUGAA